GCCCAAUCCCAGGUACAAACGGAGCCGCCGGUCCCGCAGGGUGGAAUAACCAGCGACGAAAUACCGUCUAGUAAUGCCGUCCAGCCCUUUCAGACAGAUCUAUUCUUUGUUCAUAGCCUUGAUGAUAUAUCUCUUGAAAUGAACAACCAGGACAAAACUAGGUUCUGCGACGAUAGACAUAUAAAUAAGCUCUUCAGCUCCAAUAACCACGUCUGCUGUGGGGGUAUUUUGCAUCCCAGAAAUGUUAAUGGUUCAGUUCAGGAGUGCUGCAAUAACGAAAUCUACAACAAACGACUAGAUCUAUGUUGCAAUGGGGUUCAUCAUUCCAGCUAUAACAUAGAUCAACACGGAUGCUGUGGUUCAAAAGUUUAUAAUUUCACAGAUGAGAUGUGCUGUGGUUCACAAAUUCACAGACUGAAUUCUACAAGACUUUGCUGUGGCAACGAAACAUUUGACGCUCGUCUUCAAUGGUGCUCUUCAGACCUGGGUACCAUGGCUAUGCACGAAAACAAAUGUGGAGAAAUGAAAUACGACAUUAGAAAGAACAUGUGUUGCAACAAAAAAUUAAUUCCUAGAAAGCAAAACGACGCACGUUGUUGUGGCUCUUCUGCAUUCAAUCAUUCAUCACAUUACUGUUUGAGGGAGAAGAUUCUACGUAAAGGAUUUCUGUGGUGCCAACAUCAUGGCGAAUACAAUCCUAUAAUACAUGACUGUUGUGAAGGCAAGCUAUUCAGAAGAAAUGGAUCUGCGUGGCGCUGUUGUGGUAGUAAAAUGAUUAACUAUGACGAGUACAAUUGCUGCGCUGGAAAUCGUUACAACAAUAGAAACGAACAAUGUUGUGGAGGCAACGUUGCCAAGUUAGAGGAUACUUGCUGUGCCGGCGAAACCAUUGACCCGAAAACACAGGUGUGUUGUCAGAAAACUCUAUUUACCAAUGAAGUAGUAAUUCAAAAGGAAAAACCAUAUCACAACAAAUGCUGUCCAUCUAUAAAUGGCGGGAAAUCGUAUGAUUCUGUCAAUUAUGCCUGUAGUUGGGAGAACAGAAUUGUUAGUAGAAAGAACAAACGUAACAUUUGUGGCCGAAAAAUAUACAAUCCUGGGAAUGAUCUAUGCUGUAAUUCAAAAGUGUUCAAAAAUGCGGCAAGAAGAAAUAUGGCCUGUUGUUUGCCAAGCGCAUCUGUUUAUAAUCCCAGAACACAUGUUUGUUGUUUUGGUGUCAGGAGAAAGGGCUAUAGUUGUACAAAGACACUUUAUCGUCCAAGAUGUCCAAGAAAGUGUGGCAAUAAAAAGACUACAUUGAAGAAUUAUUGCAAAUCUUCACGAGGCAAGUUUAAUCAAACUUCCCGACAGUUCAGGAAUAUAAGAAAGCCAAUGCGAUCUAUAGGGCGGGGUAGAUCAUGCCAGUGUCUAUACCGGAAGAGAACGAGGACAGCUAAUUCAUCUUGUAGAUUCAAAGAAAGUCGUUGUGUGUCAUACAAGGGUUUAAUUGGGAUAUUAGUAACCCGAAAAAGUGGAAAAUAUAUACUAAUGUACUAUAGAAAGAAAGGAAGAAGACUCAUUAAUGACUUUUGCGACUCAACUUUAUGAUAUUGUUCAUGUUAGUAGAUUUAUAGUCAGUGUUUUAAUUUCGAAGUUUUAUAGGAAUUAUGAUUAUGUUUGAUGUACAUUUAAAAUGUUCAUGAUGGCAGUAAAUUAUCAGGAAGGUUUUCAUAUUAAGCUUUAUCUGGGUAGUCCAGACCAUGUGAUGGUUCGUAUCGUUGUCCGUCACAAAUUGUCGUCUGUGACAUUAUGUAAGGGUUAAUGUACUCGUAUCGCUCCAUUCCUUAAAAGUAAUGGACCGAGGCCCCGAAGGGGCCGAGGUCCAUUGCUUUUAAGGAAUGGAGUGAUACGAGUACAUUGACCCACUUAAAAUCCACCUUGCUGGAUUAAUAAAAACUAAACUUUGUGCAUUUUAAUCAUGUCUUACGUUUUUCAUUCUUUUGUUGCAUGCAUUUAUAUCUACUUGUACAAAGGUUGACCUACUUUCCGAACACUCCAUUCCUGAAAAAUAAUGGAGUGUUCGAACAAAAGAAUGACGUCAUAGGUGGAUUUUAAGUACUUCCCCUUAUGGUACAUAUUGUCGCCGACCUCAAUAUGUGCCGAGACAAGGCAUACUUUUUGCAUCACGGUACACACUGUCGUCUGUGAUAAUACGUGCCGAAGGACGACUAUAUGGGAAAAGAGUACCAAUUCAUUUCCCAUCUACCUUAAUGUUAACCUUUGGCCCUCUCACUAAUUAACUAUAUCGAUUUUAAACAAAUGGCCGCAAACAUUUCAAAGUUCAUUCCAAGUGUUGAUAAAAAAUGACAAAAAUAUAUAGGGUUCCGUGCCUUUUAUAGGCCAUAUUUGUACUUUUUUACAACACAUAGCAAUCUGCAGUAAAUUACACACUUCAUUUUAAGCACACCCCUACCAUGGUAAUUUCCUCAGUCAUUUCUCGAUUUUGUGCGAUAAUUUUGCAUCCUGACAAUUAAUUUGAACCUCUAUAAUAUUUCUUUCAAUUCCAAAUAAUUUCACUCUUGAUAUUAGCCAAUCACGCAACACCUAGACAUUUAUACCUCCGCUCAAUCUUGGGUAAACUCCGUCCGGGUUACGCAUACGGGGGUUUGGUACUCUCAUUCCAUAUGGACCGUGAAGGUAUGUACAUAUCGUUGCCGAACAAUUUGUACCGAGACCAUUCUUUUUUCAAAUACUAUCACAAACCUUCUCAAUAAUGAUUUAUUUAUUUCUCUUUUUUAUGUUCCAUUUAAGAAAUUUUCACUCCCUUCAGAGACGCAUUAGUUUUACGUAAAGUCUCACAAAGUUUUACCUUUGUGUAAUAGAGAGAAAUGUUAUAUGUUUUCAGUAAUUUCAUUAAUUAAAAAUCAAUUGCUUUACUUUAUUUACAGAAGAUGAAAUACAAUAUGAGAAUAAAGAUUUUUUUUAUCUACUUUUAUUUGUAACUGUUCCACCUAUUUUCAUGUUUGUUUCAUAGUUUAUCUAAACUACUCCUCCCCUUACACUUCAUUAGUUUGCUUUGUUUUUGUGCAUGUGCCUUUGUUGUUUGACUCGUAUUUAUUGAUUAACUCGUCUUAAUUUAUUUAUUUAAGGUAUUCAAUGUAUAAUGACCAUAUUUCAUAUCUAAUAAAUGGAUGGUGGAAUUUUUGUAAUCAUGGUAUCAUUUUGAAGGGUUCAUCAAAUAAAAAUAAUCCACCAUAGGAAUUUUCAAAAUUUUGUUUACUGCUUGAUUUAUUUCACCUAGAAUUUAACAUUGAAGUAUAUGGGAAAAGCAUGUUUUAUUACAAUAUUUUAAAAAGAAAUUAUAUUUUCAUACAAAUCUCUCGGUAGAAAGUUACAAACACUUUCUCUUAGUGAAAAUAUGAAAUAAAAUUAAUCAUUGACCACACUCAUUUUUAGAAAAUUAGAUUUUUCUUAUUUUUACAAAGGGCAGACAGCUCUUCCAAAAAGUCUUAAGUGCAAAAAGGUCAGCUUCUAAUCAUUUAACAGUCAUGUGAAUUUCAUCCGCUUCACUUUCAUCAUUAUUUAACAAUAAACACUUAUGUUAAUCUGAAUUCUUCAAAAUUGUUCAUUAUCCUUUCAUUAUACAUGGAAUACCUUAAUGCCCAAUAAAUAAUUGAACGU